CUGAUGGCCACUAAAAACAGGACAGAAGUAACUGAAUUCGUCUUAUUGGGCUUGUCUAGUCGGCCGGAGAUGCAGUCAGUUAUUUUUGGUGUUGUACUUGCCAUGUACCUGGUUGCAGUUAUAGGCAAUGGCCUACUAGUCAUUGUUGCCUGCUUAGACCCCAAGCUUCAGACGCCUAUGUAUUUCCUACUCAGCCAACUUUCCUUUAUUGAUAUAUUUCUGACAACCAUCACUGUUCCUCAGAUGCUGGUGCACACACUGUCUAUGAGUCGAACUAUCUCCUAUAACUGCUGCAUGAUCCAGCUGUUUUUCUUUAUGGCUGUUGGCAGCAUGGAAGGCCACUUGCUGGCUGCCAUGGCCUAUGACCGUUAUGUUGCCAUCUGUGACCCCUUAAGAUACUCUGCCAUUGUCAGCUGUCGCCUCUGUCUGCACAUAACAUUGACUUCAUGGUUGGUCAUCAGCCUCAAUAGCCUCCUUUAUAGUGUGUUGGUCACCCGCUUAACCUUCUGUGGUAACCAGGUCACCCACUUCUUCUGUGACAUCACUCCUCUGCUGCAGCUCUCCUGUACCCGACCAGUGGUCAAUGAAAUGCUAAUAUUCACUGAGGGUGUAGCUGUGGUGGUCAGUCCCUUCUUCUUCAUUCUGGGUUCCUAUGCUCGCAUCUGUAUUGCCAUAGUCUGCAUGCGCUCAGUUGCUGCCCUGCGCAGAGCUCUGUCCACUUGUAGCUCCCACAUCCUGGUUGUGCUGCUCCUGUAUGGCUCUGUGAUUCACAUGUACCUCCGGCCAUCCUCCAGCUAUGACUUGGAUCAGGAUCGCCAGGUUGCUAUCUUCUACACCGUGGUGACCCCUAUGCUAAAUCCACUAAUCUACAGCCUCAGGAACCAGGAGGUUAAGCGAGCUCUGCAGAGGCUUUUCAGGAAACUCUGUAUCUCAGGAAGCUUCCAACCCAGUUUCCAGGCAGACAGAGUGCAGCAGCACAGUUUCUGAGACCAAGGAGUUCAUAUUUAACCUGAAA